GUCUGUUUUCUCGGUUCUACUAGAGAGGGUUGCGAAUUUUUCGUACUACGAACUCCUCGACGGUUGCCGAACCCGUGGAAAAGGCGGAGAGACUGUGACGAAAUCUCCCCCCCAACACAACACACUAACAAACUCAUCGCCCGGCCGUUUUACUCUGUAAUCGUUCUGGUCCCGUAGGAAGAGAAGUUUUCUUAUUCGACAGUUAACUUGUAGCCUCUUUUGAAGUUACCUCAUUCUUUGUCGACCGCGCUUCACAACAUUGCCACUUGUAGCCCAGCUGCUGACCAGCUCUGAUGUUGUCUCUGUCUCUCAUUUCUUAUAUCUCUCCAAAAAAGUGCAACACCAAAGUUCGUUUUCCCUCUGCAACCGUCUGUUGUGAUUCGCCAAUCGAAUUACGUGAAUUCCAAAGAUGAAGAAAAAUGCCAGAAGACCGGAGACGAUCGUUUCGUCUCCUCAGCACCGGGUCAGUGGUGAAACCAACGGAACGGCCGCGGGUGACGUUUGCCCGGCUGAGGCCGUCCUCGUCCGCAGCGCAACCAAAAGCUACGGAGUGCGAAAAAACCGCCAUGCCGUACUGGAAGCUUUGGACAUGCACGUCAAAAAAGGAACCAUAUACGGACUGCUCGGGGCUAGUGGGUGCGGUAAGACUACACUUUUGAGUUGUAUUGUCGGUCGCCGGAGCUUCAACAGCGGAGAGGUUUUGGUGUUGGGCCACAAACCGGGCACUCCGGAGAGCGGCGUGCCCGGUCCGCGAGUUGGUUACAUGCCGCAAGAGUUGGCGCUGUACGGCUUUUUCACCAUCAAGGAGACACUCCAGUACUUUGGUCGCAUCUACAAUUUACGGGCGAGCUUUGUUAAAGCGCAGUUGGAGUUUUUGUCCAAUUUGUUGGACCUGCCUCCGAGCAAUCGUUACGUCAAGACGCUGAGCGGCGGACAACAGCGGCGCGUCUCGUUCGCCGUCGCCUUGUUCCACGAACCGGAAUUGCUCAUCUUGGAUGAACCAACCGUUGGCGUUGAUCCUUUACUUCGAAGCAGUAUUUGGGAUCACCUUAUCCGGCAGAGUGUCGACCAUGGAAGAACUGUCAUAGUGACUACCCACUACAUUGAAGAAGCCCGACAGGCUAACACGAUUGGAAUGAUGCGCUCCGGUCGUCUGUUGGCGGAAGAGUCUCCUGACACGCUGCUAGCAAAUUACAACUUGCCUACUUUGGAAGAUGUGUUCCUCAAGCUUUGCAUGAAGGACGACGUCGAAAAUCGAGAUGAAGAUCGCACUGAAAUCGUAGCAACCGCAACCCCCGUUAGACCUGUGACGCUUCACGCGGCUCGAACAGCACAGCUGCCAGGAAGUUAUGUCAAUCCGGCCUUUAACCACAGCACCAGCCAACUUGAUGUCUCUGAGACAGGAAUUACCCGUCAAAAUCGCAGCAAUAGCCGUGAAUUCUCUGCUUCCCCCGCUGAUCGCUUCGGAAAUGCUCUAUUGAAUCUCGGCGUCAGUAGCACAAGCCCAACUCAUUUCGACGACGCCACAGCGACACGAAGCGGCAAGCGUAACAAGUCCAGUCGCAAUUUUCCAACGGUCCUCCCAUCUCUGCAUCGCCUCGGUGCGCUCAUCCGCAAAAAUUUCCUGCUGACGUUUCGCAAUUUCGGAAUAUUUAUCUUCAUCUACUUCAUGCCCGCUUUCCAAGCCAUCGUCUUUAACGUGACCCUCGGACACGAACCUACCGGCCUGAAAAUGGCCAUCGUCAACGAGGAGAUCAACCCCAACCAGGGACGCAUUUGCAAUUACUCGACCGAUUGCUCCUAUUCGAUGCUCAGCUGUCGUUUCUUACGAUACAUUAAAGACAACAUAGUUCAGGUCCCGUACGAAAGUAUGUCGAACGCUUUGGAAGCGGGGAAAAACGGCCAUGUUUGGGGCGUGAUUCACUUUGGACAUAAUUUCACGGAAGAGUUUGAGAUACGCCAGUCUAUUGGCGAUUCCGCAAAUAUCGACAACAUUCUUCGCAGCCAAAUAGGCAUCAACGUGGAUUCUUCCAACCAGCAGAUUGAUGUGUUCAUCCAAAAAUGGCUGCUGGAAGCUUACGGUGAUUUCUUCAAAGAUUUCAUGAGAUCGUGCCAGUUCGAGCCGGAAGCGGGUUACAUCCCUGUUGUGUUUCUCGACCCAGUUUACGGCCAGAAAGAUACUCCGUACACCGAAUUCAUGGCUCCUGGUCUUAUCAUUUCAAUUGUAUACUUCAUGGCGGUAUCGUUAACCGCUGGUGUAUUUGUCUCGGAAAGAAAGCAAGGUCUUCUCGAUCGUUGCUUAGUGGCUGGGGUAAAAAUGACAGAAAUUUUGUUCGGUCAAUUAAUCAGCCAAUUCUUCGUGAUGGCCGGCCAAACAGCGCUGGUUUUCAUGUGCAUGUUAUUGAUCUUCAACAUCUCCUGUCAAGGAAAUUUAGCGCUAGCUGUUUUUAUCACUUUCCUUCAAGGUUUAGUCGGGAUGUGUUUCGGCCUGCUGAUUGCUACUAUUUGCGAUACUGAAAUCAGCGCCCUGUUACUAUCUCAGGCCAGCUUUCUGCCAUUCACCGUUAUCAGUGGAGUAUGCUGGCCAAUCGAAGGUAUGCCUUUUUAUCUCCGUAAUAUUGCCUAUGCAAUGCCACUGACGUACGCCAUUGAAUCUUUGAGAUCGAUUUUCUCACGAGGGUGGGGUGUCGAAAAAACCGACGUUUACGCGGGAGUUUUGAUCAGCAUAGCUUGGAUUUUGACACUGUUAAUUCUGUGCUUGAUUGUUAUCCGCGUUCGUAAAUACGCGAGUUAAAGUUGCAGGCUUGCUUUAGUUGGAAAUCCAACGAUUAGAACCUCGUUUAUCGUUCUAAUAUAAUUGAUCUUGCCCCGCCACAUUUUGUAUUUUGGUUAACUGGGAGGUGACCUGAUUGAUAUGUGGUAAACAACAGUAUUCUAUAUCAUGCAAUGUAAUUCCUGCUCUAAAGAAAUUUUUAUUUCGAAUUUUA